AAUGUACACUUUACUAGUAGGUUUUAGCCCAUUUGCAAAGAUGACUCAUCUCUGAAUUCUAAACUCUCUCUCUCUCCUAUCUUCUUCUCGCGGUCGCAGUAUAAUAUAUUAUAUAGACCAAAGGGAGAUAUUAACAUGCACUCUCUAAAGGCUAGUUGCGUUGGGCAAGUGUUGGCUCUAGCCAAGCCUCACGACUCUGUAGGCAAGAGAACGCGUAAUCGUAUCCCCAAAGAGGAGAGAAAGACACUUGUUGAAUCUUUCAUUAAGAAGCAUCAAAGGCUAAACAAUGGGAGUUUUCCUUCACUUAAUCUCACACACAAGGAGGUUGGUGGGUCUUUCUACACCAUUAGAGAGAUUGUCAGAGAGAUCAUCCAAGAAAAUAGAGUCCUUGGUACUAGUGGCUUGAUUCUGGAAGACAAAGGAGAUGACCAUUUGCAAGAUCAAACUCUGUCAAGUUCUUUACUCAUGGAUCCUGUCCCUCCUUUAUCUUUGUCCCCAGAGGGAUUCCAUUCUCCAUCAGGUCAAACUCAUAAUCUCUCUUCAGAGGUUAGGGAGAGAAUGUCAGCUGAUGACAUUGACGGCAGACAGGCUGCUGCUGCCUCUGAAGAGACGUCGGGAUCUGAUGUGUUAAAGGACAGGGAAGUGAACGGGUGUCAUCAACUUUCUGAAGAAGGCAGAGGGCUGCUCACACACGAGCCAGUGGACUCUACUGAUAUAUCCAGGGCUCAGUUUACAGGAUCUUGCGGUGAAGAGAAUGAAGAAGUCGAGGUGGAUAAGAAAGACAUAGCAUUUGAGGAAACACCUUUGACUGAAUCAAAAGACACAAAACCUGUCAACAAUGACGAUAGAGUGAAUGAUGAUGAAGCAGCGAUGAUGACCCAAGGGGUUAACAUGAGGGAGAAUACAUUAGACACAAUUGAUCUGCCAGCAGGAGAAGCAGUUGCUGAGACUUGUACGACGAUGGAGUUGGCUAAAGUUUGUGAGGGUGGAAAUGGAACUGAGGCAAAGGUGGAAAGUGAUAGCAGCAUCGAAACUUUUGUUGAUCUUGGAGAUAUUUCUUCAUCCAUUUCUGCCGUACCUGAAGAACGAGGGACACAAGUCAUUGGUGGUCAAAUCUCAAUCGUUAUGGAAAAGAAAGCUGAAGAGAAAACUGUAAAUCCUGCUUCGGUAGAUGCUAAAGGGAAGGUGGUUGACAAUGCUGUGAUUAGCAGCAGCAUUCAUGAGACUAAGGAAUUUAGUAAUGGAAGUUGUUUGACAACAGAACGGACAAUCCCAAAAUCUAGCACUGAGUCUGGAAGUUUAAAGGAGGACAUAGCUAGGAAUGAAGUCACAAGUGUCGAGAAGGCAAGAGUGGAAAAGGAGAACCUCAAUGCUUCAGAUAGUUCAAGCUCUCAGAAAGGAAACAUUGCACCACUAAACAGAAUCAAACCUGAAUCGUGGAAAGGGCAAUCUAAUGUGACAGGAGGAGGACGUGAAACAAAUCCGCUUUUGGCAGUGUUGAAGUCUUUUUUGACAGCCUUUGUGAAGUUUUGGUCCGAGUGAUGAUAUAUUGAUCGUUGGUUGAGUUUUACUAGUUUUUGUUAGUGAGAGUUGGUGAGUUUAACGAUAAGAUGUAUGGUUUGAAAUGUGCUGUGCAAGUUGUGUGUUGAAUGUUAUGGGUUGAAUCAUAUGAAUGGUGCAGCAAACCCCGCCAGUUCCAAGGUUAACAUGCACCAAAGAAGCCUUCUGUCUGUUAAAGUGGCUCAUUUUGAUUUGAUUAUUUUAAGAGACCACAAGCGUUUGAUGGGUUAUCAAAUGGAAAGAAAGAGGCAACAAAGCAAGGGCCUUCCUGAUUUCUUCGGAACUGUAAAUUGUACAGACCACCAAAACCGACUUCAUCGAGCUGGUAUUGAAGUCUGGUUAACAACUUCAACGAGACUUUCAUCGUCUGUUUUGAAUGAUGAUGAUAUUAAAAGAACAGCUAGCUAGUUUUACUAAGAACACAUAAGGGCAAGUUACAAGUGAGCAUGGAGUUGAGAGAAGACAUAGAAGGGACACAGCCUAUCUUUUUCUUCAUCUAUGCUCUACAAAGACAUUGUCAGAGUGAAAUAAACUUUAAUGUUUUCAUUUUUUUUUUCAACUUAGAAUGAUUAAAAAGAUAAUGAUACUAUGCUCUAAAUGUUUUGCAUUACAAACUCCUCAAUACAACACAAAAA